GGUGUUGGUGGCGCGCAGCUGCUGUGCGCUCCUGCAGAUUGCGCUGAAUGGUGGAUUUGGCGAACAUGGAGACGGUGGAGAAGGAAUGCGGGGCCCUCGGGGGUCUAUUCCAGGCGAUUGUCAACGACAUGAAGUGCUCCUAUCCAGUGUGGGAAGACUUCAGUGCCAAGGCCACCAAGCUGCAUUCCCAACUCAGAACUACUGUGCUGGCAGCUGUGGCAUUCCUGGAUGCCUUUCAGAAAGUGGCAGACAUGGCCACCAACACCAGAGGGGCAACCAGAGAUAUUGGUUCAGCUCUUACCAGGAUGUGUAUGAGACAUCGCAGCAUCGAGGCCAAACUCCGACAGUUCACUAAUGCUUUGAUGGAGAGUCUGAUCACUCCUCUCCAGGACAAGAUCGAAGACUGGAAAAAGACAGCCAACCAGCUGGAUAAGGAUCAUGCCAAAGAGUACAAGAGGUCACGCCAUGAGAUCAAGAAGAAGUCAUCUGACACCAUGAAACUGCAGAAGAAAGCUCGUAAAGGGCGAGGGGACCUGCAGCCCCAGCUCGACAGUGCCAUGCAGGAUGUGACCGACAUGUGCCUGUUGAUGGAGGAGAUGGAGAAGCAGGCGGUGCGCCGCGCCCUGGUGGAGGAGAGGGGACGCUUUUGCACCUUCAUUGGCUUCCUUCAGCCUGUUGUGAAUGGAGAGAUCGCCAUGCUGGGUGAGAUCACCCACCUGCAGGCCAUCAUCGAUGACCUCACUGUGCUGACAACAGAUCCUCACAAACUGCCCCCUGCCAGUGAACAGGUGAUUAAAGACCUGAAGGGGUCAGAUUACAGCUGGUCUUAUCAGACCCCUCCUUCAUCCCCAAGUAGCUCUGGUUCACGAAAGAGCAGCAUGUGCAGCAGCGUCAACAGUGCCCACAGUAGUGCCUCCCGCUCAUCGGGGGGAGGUGUAGGUAUUGGUGGUAGCGGAGGAGGCUCCCAGCCACACUCACCCACCUCCUCCUCAUCCUCCUCCUAUCGCUACCGCAGCAGCAACAUCCCGCAGCAUCCUCCACCACCGGGGGGCCUUGCCGCCCAUCGCCUCAGCAGCGUCUCCUCCCACGAUUCUGGCUUUGUGUCCCAGGAUGCUAACAUCUACUCCAAGCCUCCCUCGCCGAUGCCCUCAGACAUCACGAGUCAGAAAUCCUCCAGCUCAGCGUCGUCAGAGGCCUCAGAGACAUGCCAGUCGGUCAGUGAAUGCAGCUCCCCAACCACUUUUGGCACGUCCUUCGCUACCUUCCGCCCUGCUCUUUCUCAUUCUGGUUCCACCAGGCCUCUCUCUGUCAUUCUUCCUGUUCCUGCGUCCCCACCCUAUACCCGCCCCCCUGGAUCCAGCUCCUCCUCUCCCACAUCAAAGGUUCCCAUGUGGAAGGACUGGUCCAAAACAGGUCAGUAUGAACAGCCAGUGGCUGCGGUACCAAUUCAGAGGAGAAAGGAAACUUCUGAUAGGCUGAGGGAGAAUGAGGGCUCACCGGGUUCCCAGGGACAUGCUGGGACAUCGCACUCUGACGAUGGGCAGAGGGCCAGGAUGACACCAGCUACAAUCGCUGCCAAGCAUGGUGAGGAGGUAUCUCCUGCAGCCAGUGACCUUGCUAUGGUACUGACCAGGGGACUGAGUAUGGAGCAGCAGAAAAACAGCAGAGAUUCCCUGCAGUAUUCCAGUGGAUAUAGCACAGAGACAACAACCCCAUCCUGCUCUGAGGACACGAUUCCUUCACAAGGUUCAGAUUAUGACUGCUACUCUGUGAAUGGUGAUACUGAAGGCCAAGAUGGACAAGCAGAAUUUGACAAGUCCUCCACAAUUCCUCGCCACUCCAACAUUGCCCAGAACUACAGGCGCAUGAUCCAAACCAAGAGGCCAGCUAGUACAGCUGGCCUGCCCAGUGGGGUUCUUGGUCCAGGGUCUCAUGGAAUACCAGGACAACCAGGUGGAGGUGGUGGGGGAGGAUCGGGGACGCCAGGAACUGCUACUAUCCGCCGAACUCCAUCAACAAAACCAGGAGUGAGGCGCACAUUGUCCAGUGCAGGGCCUAUUCCCAUUCGACCACCCAUUGUGCCUGUCAAAACCCCCACCAUUCCUGCAGACUCACAUUCACCUGGCACAAGUGGGUAUGCAGGAGGAGGCCACGGUGGCGUGCCUGUUCGUGUAGGAAGUGAAGAGUGUGUGUUCUUUACUGGAGUUGAAGAUGCACAGGGAGGUCUCGAUUAUGUGAAGGCAUCACCAAAGCGCCUCAGCCUGCCCAAUACUGCUUGGGGGUCGGGGGCAGCAUUAGAAGUCUAUGCCCAGCAACACGGGGGCCUUUCAAUGGCAUCAGGUUCGACAGCCAGAUCAGAAGAGGAUCAGAUGAUUGCAGCUAAUCGUCACAGCUUAGUAGAAAAGAUCGGCGAGUUGGUGGCCAGUGCACAUGCUCUUGGCGAGGGGCAGUUUCCUUUCCCUGCCCUCCCAGAUGACCCAGACCCAGCACCAACUGUCCCCCGUGACGCUCAGACAGGAACAGAGGGCACAGAAGGGUCUGGCGACAUGCUGACCACCAUCAGGAGAGGUGUCCGCCUUCGCAAAACAGUGUCCAACGACCGCUCAGCUCCACGCAUAUUGUGAUUAAAAACAAAAGUCAAGAUGGUUGUCAGCUGAUAGGGGGUUAGUGUGGUGUAACCCAACCACCUAGUACAUACACAAAGAUAGAACCAUGUUGGGAAAGCUCUAAUAUGA